AUGGGGCGGGACGAUUCAGAGAUGACGACAGGUGGAGAAGCCUGGCUGGAGGCAGCAUCCCAAACAGCAGGGAAAGUAUGGCAGCUGGUGAAAAGCGAACAUACGACUUGUCCUGGAUCUGAAACGUAUUUGGCUCGGGUUGGGGAUCUGGAAGCUACUGAUACUGAAGAUCCAAAUCUGAAUUACGGACUUGUUGUGGACUGUGGCAGCAGUGGCUCCCGGAUUUUUGUUUAUUUCUGGCCAAGACAUAAUGGAAACCCUCAUGACUUGCUGGACAUCAAACAGAUGAGAGACCGCAACAGCCAACCAGUGGUUAAAAAAAUUAAGCCAGGAAUCUCUGCAAUGGCAGACACUCCAGAACAUGCCAGCGAUUACCUCCGUCCGCUGCUGAGCUUUGCCGCUGCUCACGUGCCUGUGAAGAAGCACAAGGAGACCCCUCUUUACAUACUGUGCACGGCGGGCAUGAGGCUCCUUCCUGAGAGAUCCAGCAAGCAGGAGCCCAGCGUUCACAUUCUGCUUUAUGAGAUGGCUCUCCUGAGCUCGUUCUUUUCCAUGCUCUCCCUAACACCUUCACGGAAGGAGAAGAACAGCCUUGGGGAUAGGUGUAUUCAGAGAAUUGAACAAGGACUCUUAUAUUCUUACCUAGGGGUUUAUGCAUGGAUUGGAAUCAACUUUGUUUUGGGAAGAUUUGACCAUGAAGAUGAAUCAGAUUCUGAGGUUCCCCAGGAAUUGUCAACAGGACGCAGAAGGACAGUAGGGAUACUGGAUAUGGGAGGAGCCUCUCUUCAAAUUGCUUAUGAAGUUCCUACCUCCGCCUCUGCCCCUUCUCCAAGACAGGAAGAAGCUGCCAAGAUCCUGCUGGCUGAAUUCAACCUGGGCUGUGAUGUACAACACACCGAACAUGUGUACAGGGUUUACGUCACGACCUUUCUGGGUUUUGGUGGCAACUUUGCCCGGCAGCGCUAUGAAGAGCUUGUGCUGAAUGAAACUCUUAACAAAAACAGGUUACUGGGCCAGAAGACAGGUCUGAGUCCUGAAAAUCCAUUUCUGGAUCCUUGCCUCCCCGUGGGACUCACGGACGUGGUGGAGAGGAACAGCCAGCUCCUGCACGUUCGAGGAAGAGGGGACUGGGCCACAUGUGGGGCCAUGCUGAGCCCCCUGCUGGCUCGCUCCAACACUAGCCAAGCCUCGCUGAACGGCAUAUACCAGUCGCCCAUUGACUUCAACAACAGCGAAUUCUAUGGUUUCUCUGAGUUUUUUUACUGUACAGAGGAUGUGUUGCGCAUUGGUGGCCGCUACCAUGGGCCAACGUUUGCCAAGGCUGCUCAGGAUUACUGUGGCAUGGCUUGGUCAGUACUAACUCAGAGAUUCAAGAAUGGCCUCUUCUCGUCACAUGCAGAUGAGCAUCGACUCAAAUACCAGUGUUUUAAAUCAGCCUGGGUGUACCAAGUCCUUCAUGAAGGAUUCCACUUUCCCUAUGACUACCCAAACCUACGGACAGCCCAGCUGGUGUAUGACCGAGAGGUUCAGUGGACGCUGGGAGCCAUUCUGUAUAAAACACGGUUCUUACCACUCAGGGAUCUCCGGCAGGAGGGUGUGCGACAAGCCCACGGCAGCUGGCUCCGCCUCUCCUUCGUCUACAACCACUAUCUCUUCCUCGCCUGCAUCCUGGUGGUGCUCCUGGCCAUCGUCCUGUACCUCCUGCGGCUACGCCGAAUUCACCACCGACAGGCUCGAGCCUCAGCUCCACUGAACCUGCUGUGGAUCGAAGAGGUGGUACCCAUGAUGGGGGUACAGGUGCAGCCAUGA